AUGUCAAAACACAAAAAGGCAAAAGACAAGGCGAAGAAUUCUGUGAACAUCCAAAAGCUGCUGACACAUGGUGUAGCUGCGAGAUUGGUGUGGCAUGGUGCCAUCCAGCAACAUAAGGACUGCUACAAGCUUCAUCAGCUGCCUGACUUUCUGUCUGUGCUAAACAGCGAGUCUGCUUCAUUUGGAGGCCGUGCCAGGCUACGUCUUGUCCGUCUGGUUAUUACAAUCGUAAACAUCUUGGCUGCAUGGUAUUUUGUUCAUAUUACUUCUGCCUGGCCUCGCUAUUUAGCACAGACUCAAAGGAUUGAACCAUGUCAUGAUAUCGAUGAAUGUACAUCAUCACCAUGUGAUCCAUCUGCAACAUGUCGCAACACCAUUGGAAGCUAUGAAUGUUACUGUGGUGCAGGGCUUAAACCUGCCCCUGGGAGCUCCAGCAUCACAACAAUUUGUGAAGAUAUCGAUGAGUGUAAGUCGUCACCGUGUGAUCCAUUCGCGUUAUGCCGCAACUUGAAUGGGAGCUAUGAGUGUCACUGUGGUAAAGGGUUUACCCCCAGUCCUGGGAGCUCCGGCAAUGCAACAAUUUGUAAAGAUGUGGACGAGUGUGAGGAUGAAGAUGUAUGUGGCAGGAAUGCAACCUGUGUUAACUCCUUUGGGAGUUACCACUGUAUCUGUCGGACAGGAUUUGAUCCAGUUGCAGAACAGACAGGAAAGACCUGCACAGUGCAACCUCUCAACUGUCCCAACACAGAAAAGCCAAACGAUUCCACCCUCACAAAGUGUGGUGGGAAGCAUUCACAAACUCUCAAACAGACAAACUCGGAGGGUAUUGGGUCUUGUUCUGCAAUGGAAGCAGCUCACAAAUUACUUAACAAAGUCUGUCAGAAUUUCAGCGUCACAGGGGAUCUCCAGGCUGUCACAAACUUGACAAAUGGUCUCCUCAAUAGGAAUUCACGGCUGCAGAACAUGACGACCAGUCAGCGGUUAAAUGUCGUAGCGACCAUCUUGGAUCUUUUGGAGAAUACAGCAAUGGCUAUCGCUUUGACUUUGCCCAGAGGAGGAACAAAGUCAAUCUCAGAAGACUCUUUUGCUGCAAAGAUCCAGGUGCCUGGUAAUCAAAGUUUGCCAGACGACUUGGUAAGAAUCGAAAUCUGGAAUAACACCAUGGAGAUAAACUGGAGAACAGUCAUGGGAGCAAAGAACUCUGACUUUGCUGCAGUCUCCUUCUUUGUAUUCAGCGACAUGGAAUCCCUUUUGAACAGCGAGAUCCGUAAAGAUGGGGUCAAGCAAUUGGAGGCAACUGAAGGAACAAGUUGGUUAAACUCCAAAGUGGUAACAGCCAGAAUCAGUAACAAAGCAGCCAGUCGUGAACUGACAGAAAUGGUCAAUUUUACACUGAAACUCAACCAGGAUGCCAAAGAUCACGAGAAGGCUGAAUGCAUUUAUUUGAAGAUAACAGACGGGGGAAGUUUAUGGUCCCCUGAGGGCUGCUUCCUGAUUGGUUCCAGUGGAAGCUCCGUAAUGUGCCAAUGUGACCAUCUGACGAGCUUUGCUAUUUUAAUGUCUCCGAUUGAGAUUGAGGAAGGCUGGUCCUUGCUGCUGAUCAGCACAGUCGGGCUCACAAUAUCCCUGCUGUGCCUCGCCGCCUCCAUCGUUGUGUUCACAAAGUGCCGCUCCAUCCAAAAGGCCAACAUCAUCGUGUACAAGCACCUGAGCAUCAACCUCUUCCUGGCACAGCUCAUCUUCCUGACAGGAAUCCAUGUGACAAACAAGGUGGUUUGUGCCCUGGUUGCAGGUUGCCUACAUUACUUCUUUCUAACUGUCUUUGCCAGGAUGUUCCUGGAUGCUUUGCAGAUCUUCAUUGUGUGCAGACACCUCACAGUCACAAAGUUCACUCACACAUACGUCAUCAGACAGAGAUACCUGUAUCCUUCUGGCUACGCUGUCUCUGUGCUGAUUGUCAUUAUAUCGGCAACAAUCUAUCCCUAUGGCUAUGGAUCAGAAAAACACUGCUGGCUGAGCCUAGAGCGGGGCUUUCGAUGGAGUUUCCGAGGGCCAGUCUGCCUUGUGAUUGUGGUGAAUGUGGUGUUGUAUGGCUGGACGCUCUGCUUACUGAGACAUCAUUUGUCUUCACGUGACAUGAAUGUGUCAAAGAUUAAAGACACCACGACCCUGACCCUUAAGGCAGCUGCGCGAUUGUUUGUCCUGGGAAUCACUUGGAUCUUUGGAAUAUUUCGUUUCAACGAGAGCACCAACUUCCUCUCCUACCUAUUCACUAUCGUCAACACUCUCCAGGGCCUCUUUAUUUUCAUGGUCUACUGUGUUUCCAAUCGCCAGGUGAGGGAUGAAGUUCGGAAAUGGUUCAUCAAAACAAGCACAUACUCGACCAGCAACACCUCAAAUAUUCAGUUAAGUUCUCUUGAGGAUGUGGGCUUCACGGUAACCUGCGACAGAUCCUAUCUGGACCUGGGGGCUUGUCCACCCUCACGCCUUGUAGAAUACCCAACACGUCCCCGCUUCUUGUGCCAACUUGACCUGGAGUAA